AAGGAGAUUUGAUUUGACAUUGAAAACAUUUUUGUCCCAUGAUCGCAGAGAUCUGUCAACUAUUACAUUUACAGUUUACAGUUUAAUAAGUGUAAAAUUAAUGACAAUGUAUUGAAUAUUGAUUAUUGAAAUGCAUACAAACUGAACCUCAAGAUGAAGAGUGAAACCUCUAAAUUUACAACACACCAUCUGGUUGUAUUUUUACUGACAUUUUUCAGCUAUGCCUUUUUUCAUGCAACAAGAAAGACCUUCAGCAAUGUCAAAACUACAAUUUCAGCAGAGUGGACACCAUCAUUCCAUAAUUCUACUGUUAACAAGACUAAACCAGACAAGAUAUGGAAUUCUCACACAAUGUUUGACAAUCCAAAAGAUGCUGAACCAUUCCUUGGAAUGUUAGAUGGGGCCUUUCUAAUUUCUUAUGCUGUGGGACUCUAUAUCAGCGGAAUAAUUGGUGACAGAUUGAAUAUGAGAUUAGUUCUGUCUUUUGGGAUGGUUUCAUCAGGAUUGAGUGUAUUUAUAUUUGGGACUUUGUUUGAGUGGAUUGGUUACUACAAUAAAUAUGUAUAUGUGAUAGUGUGGAUAUUGAAUGGACUCCUUCAGUCAACGGGAUGGCCUACUGUUGUAGCUGUCAUGGGUAACUGGUUUGGUAGAUCAAGUCGUGGUUUGGUGCUAGGGUUAUGGAGUGCCUGUGCUUCUGUUGGGAAUAUCAUCGGAGCACUUCUAGCUUCAGCAGUCCUAGAUUAUGGAUAUGAUUAUGCCUUCUUAUUAUCAUCAACAGUUCUUAUGGCUGGAGGAAUAGCCAUAUUCUUUGGUUUGGUCAGUACGCCAAAAGAACUAGGUUUACCCGUUCCUGAUGAGAUGAUCACAAACCAAGAAGUUACCGUUGAUGUUAAUUCUGCCAUUAAUUCAGAAAAUAUAGAAUCUUUAGAAAGUGAUAGUGAUGAUAGUGAAAGUGAACGGCUGCUCAGCAAUUCCUCAGGUCAAGAUAAAGAUGUUGUUACCAGACCUAAAGCUCUUGGCUUUAUUCAAGCUUUGUUAUUACCUGGAGUUAUAUUGUAUGCCUUAUCAUAUGCCUGUUUGAAGUUUGUGAAUUAUUCCUUCUUCUUUUGGCUACCAUUUUAUUUACAUGGAGCCUUUGGUUGGAAGGAGACGGUGGCAGAUGACAUAUCUAUAUGGUAUGAUGUUGGUGGAAUUAUAGGUGGCACAAUAGCGGGUUUUAUAUCGGAUAGAUUUAGAAAAAGAUCCAUAAUAGUAAUACCAAUGUUAGUUUUAGCAAUACCAGCAUUAUUUAUCUAUAGUCAUUCACCAAAUAACAAAACAAUAAAUGCUGUAUUAAUGACAGUAGCAGGGUUCUUUGUUGGAGGAGUGGCAAAUCUCAUUAGUGCUGCUAUUUCUGCUGAUUUAGGUCGUCAAGGCCCUGUACAAGGUAAUGCUGAAGCCUUAGCAACAGUAACAGGUAUAGUUGAUGGAACAGGUAGUGCUGGUGCUGCCAUUGGCCAGGUACUGGUACCUGUUAUUCAGGAGAAGUUUGGUUGGAAAUCAGUUUUUGUUGUAUUUAUGAUAAUGAUAGCAUUGACAAUAGCCUGUAUAUUUCCUAUGUUUAUCAAAGAAUGUAAGGGUGCCAUCGCUAAUUAUACCUUCUCAUGGUAUAGUGGUUUAACCAAAAAAAGAACAGUCAUCGUAGAGGAUGAGUUUGAUGAAACUUAACCUAUCUUACAAUUAAGGGGGUUGACCUAGGUUAAAACAACUCGGGCACAUUUGUAUUAACCAUUUCAUAAAUACAUUCCAAGCUUCUAAAUAAAACAGAUUUUUUAUAUUCUGUUUAACGUGGAUGAUGUACCUGACUUUUACACAUUCAUUACUCAUUUAAAGAGUUAUCUUCCGUAAUCUGGUUAAGCUCCCUUGAAUGAACUGUCAUUCCAAAUAAUGCAGGGUGCUAGUCAUUUUAUUCUUACUGUUGAUAUUAUAUAUACAUAAAUGUUUGAUUGAAUGUCAAUGUGUAUUGUUGUUUGACAUUGCAUAAUAAUCGUAUUGCUAAUACUGUGAUAUUGAUCAGAUUUGAAGUAAGGAGAUUUUCUUAUUACAUUUCAUUGUUAGGUUGCUGUCUUAUUUACAUUUUUAUCAUAUUUCAUAUUCCUGCUGAACAUCAAAAGUCAUCACUACAAGAGUGUUGUAUAAGAUGUAUGCUGUGUGUAUGAAAUGCAACUAAAAGUAGUUCAAUAGUUUUUAUACGACCGCAAAAAUUAAAAAAAUUUUGGUCGUAUAUUGGUAUGACGUUGGCAUCGUCGUCGUCCGAAGACACAUUGGUUUUCGCACUCUAACUUUAGUUUAAGUGAAUGGAUCUCUAUGAAAUUUUACCAUAAGGUUCAAUACCACAAAAGGAAGAUUGGGAUUAAUUUUGGGGGUUAUGGUACCAACAGUUAAGGAAUUAGAGCCCAAAAAGGGGCCAAAAAUAAGCAUUUUUGUAACUUCCAGACAUAACUUGUGUUGUAGUGUAUGGAUCUCUCUGACAUUGUACCACAAGGUUCCAUAUCACAAAGGGAAUGCUGGGAUUGAUUUUUGGGGAAAUUGCCUCAAAAUUUUAGGAAUUAGGGGCCAAAAAAGGGGCAAAAAACAAGCAUUUUUCUAGUUUCAUGAUAAUAACUUGUGUGGAAGUGUAUGGAUCUUUAUGAAAUUGUACUACAAGGUUCCAUAUCACAAAGGGAAAGCUGGAAUUGAGUUUGGGGGUAAUUGCCCAAAACGUUUAGGAAUAAGGGGCCAAAAAGGGGCCAAAAAUAAGCAUUUUUCUAGUUUCCAGACAAUAACUUGUGUUCAAGUGUAUGGAUCUCUCUGAAAUUGUACUGCAAGGUACCAUACCACAAAGGGAAGGCUGGGAUUGAUUUUGGGGGUAAUUGCCUCAAAAUUUUAGGAAUCAGGGGGCAAAAAACAAGCAAUUUUCUAGUUUCAGGACAAUAACUUGUGUGUAGGUGUAUGGAUCUUUAUGAAAUUGUACUACAAGGUUCCAUAUCACAAAGGGAAAGCUGGGUUUGAGUUUGGGGGUAAUUGCCCUAAACGUUUAGGAAUUUGGGGCCAAAAAGGGGCCUAAAAACAAGCAUUUUCUAGUUUCCAGACAAUAACUUGUGUUCAAGUGUAAGGAUCUCUCUGAAAUUGUACCGCAAGGUACCAUACCACAAAGGGAGGGCUGGGAUUGAUUUUGGGGGUAAUUGCCUCAAAAUUUUAGGAAUUAGGGGCAAAAAAGAGGCAAAAAACAAGCAUUUUUCUAGUUUCAUCACAAUAACUUGUGUAUAAGUGUAUGGAUCUUUAUGAAAUUGUACUACAAGGUUUCAUAUCACAAAGGGAAGCUGGAAUUGAAUUUGGGGGUAAUUGCCUCAAAAUUCUAGGAAUAAGGGGCCAAAAAUAAGCAUUUUUCUAGUUUCCAGACAAUAACUUGUGUUCAAGAGUAUGGAUCUCUCUGAAAUUGUACUGCAAGGCACCAUACCACAAAGGGAAGGCUGGGAUUGAUUUUGGGGGUAAUUCCCUCAAAAUUUUAGGAAUUAGGGGCCAUAAAGGGGCAAAAAAACAAGCAUUUUUCUAGUUUCCGGACAAUAACUUGUGUGUAAGUUUAUGGAUCUUUAUGAAAUUGUACUGCAAGGUUCCAUAUCACAAAGGGAAAGCUGGGUUUGAGUUUGGGGGUAAUUGCCCUAAACGUUUAGGAAUUUGGGGCCAAAAAGGGGCCUAAAAACAAGCAUUUUUCUAGUUUCCAGACAAUAACUUGUGUUCAGGUGUAUGGAUCUCUCUGAAAUUGUACUGCAAGGUACCAUACCACAAAGGGAAGGCUGGGAUUAAGUUUGGGGAUGAUGAAUCAUAAGGGGGUUCAAAAAAUUUGGGGGGGAUUUUUUUUCCUUUUUUUUCUUUAAAAUUUUCCAUUUUAAAUUGGUUGUUUCUGAUUUAUAUAUAAAAGCAAAUAAUAAUGAUAUGGUUUGAAUAGGUAAAUUAAAAAUUUUUAAGUUCUUAGACCACAUUCAUUCUGUGUCAGAAACCUAUGCUGUGUCAAAUAUUUAAUUACAAUCCAAAUUCAGUGCUGUAUCAAGCUUGAAUGUUGAGUCCAUACUUGCCCCAACUGUUCAGGGUUCGACCUCUGUGGUCGUAACAAGCUGCGCCCCAGCAGAGCAUUUUAUUGUUUAAGCGAAAGGAUCAUCAAGCAGUACUUUUAUACACUAGGGACUUGUAAAAGGAUGAUGGAAUUUGAGAUUCCGGGGGGAAAUGCCAGUCUUAUAGUUUAUGUUUUGAUUUUACAACAUUUUCUAUGAAUUAAAUGAUGAUUAAUAACAACUAAAAAACUAUGAACGGCUUUUGUGUUGCCUGCUAAGAAGGCUCAUCUGAUCUUGACCUCGUAUUCAUGGUUCAUUAGUCAAUGUUAAGUUUUCAUGGUUAUGUCUAUUUCUCAGAUACUAUAAGCAAUAUGCUAACUAUAUUUGGUGUAUGGUACAAUUGUAAGGUGUACAUAUCUGUUUGGCUGGAUGCAUUGUUCUGACCUUGUCCAUAUUUACAUUAUUAUUUAUAAUGCUAUUUGAACUAUGACAUGGUCGUUGAGUGUAUGAUAGAAAAUCAGUAUUUUUACAUGGGUAAAAUAAAGUUAGCUUAGAUCAUGAAAACAUUUCUUUUUGUUGUAUUAUUAUUUUUAUGGAACUGCCAAUUAUAUAUUGUACAUAUAUAAACAGGGAUCACUACAGAUAAAUUGUUUGAUUAUUUUGUAAUUCCUUGUUUGUUAUAUUUCAAUGUAUUUCAUGAGGGCUUCAGGAAAGAUUAGUUUUAUAGCUAACUGUGUAACCCUCUUUAAAUAAAGAAUUAUUAUUAUUAUCAUUAUUAUUAUUAAAUUGUUGUAAAUAUUUUGCAAUACUUAUAAUUUUAUAUAUAUACAUAUAUAAACAGAAUUAUAGUCAAUUAAAAUUAAAAUGAUUAAGAAUUAUUUUUCCUACUUUUCUCACCUACAUUGUAUAUCUGUAAUCUAAUCAUUUGUAAUGGUGCUGUAAAAAUCAAGAGUAAUGCCGGAACUUCCCAGGGUGUUUCCAAAAAUUCACUGGUGGAGAUACACCUUUCUUUAUUAGCCUGUGGUGAUCCCUGAUAAAUGAUGACUAUACACAAUUCUUUAUUAGCCUGUGGUGAUCCCUGAUAAAUGAUGACUAUACACAAUUCUUUAUUAGCCUGUGGUGAUCCCUGAUAAAUGAUGACUAUACACAAUUCUUUAUUAGCCUGUGGUGAUCCCUGAUAAAUGAUGACCAUAUAUUUGGUUGUAUAUGUUUACCAAUUUACCAAUUUGUAUUUUAUAUCAGUCAGUUUGUCAUUGAAGUGUGAGAAUUGUCCUGGUUUUGUAACUGAAGUAACUUUAUAUAAAUGUGUGUACAAAUUACUUUGAAAAAGAUACUUUGUUAUGAUUGUUUAUAUUCUAUUUUUAUUACUUUACGGGAAAUAAACAUGCAAUUAUUUUGA